AUGAUAUGUUGUGAGAUUCCACACGAAGUUUGUUAUUUAUUCAAAUUUCUCCAAUUAAUAAAUAAUUUCAACAUUAAAUUAGCAUUUUUAAUUUGCUUGCUGGUUCUCUGGAAUCUGAAAUUAAGUCUGCAAUUCAAGGGAUAUCAAAUUCAUGCUGGAUAUGCCUAUUCCCUCAAAACUGCAGCACACGCAUACAGUCAAAUCGACGCCACUUCUAUCAAAACCAUUUUCGUUCUAGGACCUUCACAUCAUUUCUUUUUAAGAGGAUGUGCUGUUGAUAGAUUCUCAUCACUGCAAACACCACUUGGAGUUCUCCAAGUCGAUGUUGAUAUUGUUGAAAAACUCUCAGACCUUAAAGGGUUUUCGGUAAUAAACAAUGAAGCCUCUGAAGAUGAACACUCAAUUGAAAUGCAUCUACCUUUACUUAAAUUCGUUUUCAAAAAAGAACAUGUCAAGGUAGUCCCAAUAAUGGUCGGUGAGUUCAGUGAGUCUCUUGCCGAUGAGCUAACUGGAGCAUUAGUCCCAUAUUUCAACGACGAGAAUACAUUAUUCGUCAUCUCUUCUGACUUUUGUCACUUCGGAUCAAGAUUUCAGUUCUCAAUUACUGGGUACGAAUCUGAAAACAAACCCUUGUAUGAAAAAAUUGAAAUGCUUGACAAACGAGGAAUUGACCUGAUUGUAAACCACAAAUACGAUGACUUUCUUUGGUAUUUGAAUGAAACUGAGAACACAAUUUGCGGACGAAACCCAAUCCUACUUCUUUUAAGGCUUUUGGCCGCUUCUAACCUUAAUAUAUCCUCAAAACUUCUCCACUACUCUCAAUCAUCAAGGAUUACAAGGGUUUCAGACUCCUCAGUGUCCUACGCUUCAAUAGUUGGAUUGGUCCAUAAAUAA